UGUGUUCUCGGUUUCUCCAACUUACGACUAUUAGGACAUCAUUUUUGAUGAAUUUUUCUGCUUCCUUGCAACCUCAUGAUAUGUAAUGAAUUAUUUUGAAUGAUUUGACUUUCAUUGCUCUUCAUCUCUAGCUCUAUCUAUCAUGAUUGGAGCUACUAGGCGCUGGUUCCGACGCAAUCGCAAAGGUCUCGCGAUCGGGGCUGGCAUUAUUGGAGCUGGCUAUCUCGCGGGACAAUAUGUGCUUUCUAAAAUCACAGAAGCCCGGGAGCGGAUGAGCAGCGAUCGGAUCGCCCGAGAAAAUUUACGGCGACGUUUUGAACAGAAUCAGACGGACUGUACCUACACGGUUCUGGCCCUCUUGCCGACCGCGGCGGAAGGUAUCCUCGAAGCCCUUCCUGUGGAGGAAUUGACGAAAGAAUUGCAGAAGAAGCGGGCGGAGAGAUUGGCUCGGCUCCAGGCUGGGGAGGGGACUGUGUCGGAUCUGAGCUCGGUGUCACCCAGUGCGGCCGAUGAUGAUCGAAGGAGCCUCUCAAGCUUCCAGAGCGAUGGGUUUGUCCGCACAAGUCAAUUAGGAGAACCAGCCGUCGAUGGCGAAGGGCCGGCACGGGUAAAGCGGAACAAGACUCAACUCUGGAACGAGGUCAAGAUCACUUCUGUCACCAGAUCGUUUACUCUCAUCUACACCUUGUCGUUACUAACCAUUUUCACCCGAAUCCAACUCAACCUGCUUGGUCGCCGAAAUUAUCUAUCCAGCGUGAUCUCCCUGGCUACUCCUCCGGCAAAUGCCUCCACGAUCAAACUUGAGGAUCAUGAUGACGAUGACCUGACUCAGACCUUGGGGAAUGAUUUCGAGACAAACCGACGAUAUCUUGCAUUCAGUUGGUGGUUGCUCCAUCGUGGCUGGAAGGACCUGAUGGACGAGGUACAGGCUGCGGUCACAGAUGCGUUUGGCUCCUUGAACCCUCGGGAAGAUAUUUCCGUGGGGAGGCUGUCGGAAUUGACUCUUGACAUCCGCAAGAAGGUGGAAGGCAACACUCCGGAGGAUAGAAGAAGCCGAAGAUGGCUGUCCUAUCUGCUCCCUCCUCGUGAAGAGGAGGAACAUUUGUUGGAGGAGUCGGGAGUUGCGGGGGUGACUGAACCCUCGACCUCUCAGUCAGCUUCGACUCUGCGACACCUUCUUGAUGAGACGGCCGACCUGAUUGAAUCGCCAACCUUUGGUCGCGUCCUGCAAGGCCUCAACGAUGAAUGCUUUGACUUACUGAUGCAAAAUUGCAUCAAGGAAGCAUUCCAGUCGUCACCACAAGCGUCUGAAAGCGUACCGCAAUCAUUCACCUCGGUUGCCACAGUUGUCCCACAGGUGAAGACAGUGGAUCUCAAGACGAAGCUCGCGAAUGUACUGGCUGUGAUGGCGCGGCAGGCGCAUGUUAUUGGCAACGGCACAAAUCCGCCCAACAUCUAUCUUACCGCCAUGGAUCAGAAUGUCCGGAAUCUGGAGGCCUUCGCAGCCGUCAUCUACAGCUCGAACUUUGACUUCCAGCCACCAGGCACGGAGCAGAAAGCGGAACAAGUCACUGCCGAGAGAGAUCGCCCUGAUACGUCUUCCACGGCCCCGGUGAUGGUGGACAAGGAUGAUACCCAAGAUUUUAACCAAGCUGGCUCAAGCGCAGUAGCUGAGGACAACUCGGCUUUUGAGAAGGCAUGGGGCAAGGCAGUGGAGGAGGGGUCGAGCGAGUGAGCUGCUUCAAUUCUAGAGGACGGCUUGGCUUCUCGACAACCCAUCUAUCCCUCACUUAGUCUUUGAUGGUUCUUUCUCAGUUUAUGUAUCCGGCAUAGCUUCAAUCCUGGAGAUUUCAAGCUGUGCUGAUUGUAUGAUUACCGACCGAUAUCAGUCCAGAAUACCUGGCGAGGGGGUUCAGCUGCUUGUCGUUUUCUAAUACCUGCGUAGAUUGUGCAUGCCCUCUAGAUGGCCAUCAAUCAUUCAGAUUCCCCGUUGCCAAUGGGACUAGCAUUGUAAGUUGACAGAAUGACUCCUUUGUGAGGAGUUUAUCUUUUCUGCCAACCCGAUACUAUGCCCAAUUGAAUGCUAUUCAAAUGAUCCAAGCAAUAGUAUCAGGAUGGGUGCAAUGCAA